UCCUAGUCGGUCGCUUGAAUCUUUGUUAAUCGGUCGGCGGAAAAUGCGCUCGUGCUUUUCGAUAAAGCGCCGGAAUCGCCUUUGAACCACGAGUGAACCUGUGCGCAUAAAUAUAGACACCCAAGACGCUAAUAGUGAGGAAAUUUCACUUUUGUUAGUGUGUUCUAAGCUACGUUUAGUGCAACACGUGAAUUGUUUUCAAACACGAGUGGUGGCAAUAAAAGCUCGAAUUGGUCGAGUGGUUGGAGUGACCAUCGACCAUCAUUCGUCCAGGAUGUUGGAGCUGGUAAAGCGAGCAAGUAUGGUCGGUGGUCCAACGAUGUACAGUGCACAAUUCGUUAAAUUUCGUAAACAUGAUAAAAGUGUUAAACCUAACAUAAAUCUACGACCUAGAAGUUUGUUGUGUGCUGGAAACUCGGAAGAUAUUUACAACAGAAGCAUACAACAGCAGAGUAAUACAUGGAAGUUUCACAGACCUAGACCCAAGUCUUACAGUGAUGUUUCACCUACACCCCCCGUGAACCAGGGCUCCCCAGUCCGGUGCGUCCGCAACAGGAUGGACAGCCCGAAAAAGUCACCGCACAGUAGCCCUGUCUCCACUGACAGGUCCAUGCUGAAGGUGCACUUCCCCAACGGAGGGUUCAACGUCAUCAAGUAUGGGGACGCCGUCGAUGUCAAAGGGAUAAUUUCCACAGUCACCGAGAGAUUAUCGAUAGGAGAGAGAUACUACACCGGACUUUAUGCCAUGAGGUUGUGCAGGCCCUCGACCGGAGAGGUCUAUUGGCUGCAUCAGGAUUUGACGAUGAAGCAGGUCCAGGACAAGUAUCUAGCCAAACAUCCCAACUCGGAAUGGCGAUACGACCUCAGGAUUCGGUAUUUACCGACUAGUCUUCAAGAUUUAUGUGAUAAAGACAAGGUCACCUUUCAUUACUACUACGACCAGGUGAAAAACGACUACCUCUCCGAUUGCAACAUACGAAUAGAACAGGACGUAGUGGUGCAGCUCUGCUGUCUAGAAAUCCGUAGAUACUUCAAAGAAACACCCCCGAACCCGCUAGACAAAAAAUCGAAUUUUGAAUAUUUGGAACGAGAAGUCGGGCUCCACAAAUUUAUUCCACAACGAAUUUUAAGCACGAUGAAGCCGAAAACGUUGCGCAAGAGCAUCCAGAGCCAGUUUAAAAAAUACGUCAACAUGACCGACAUCGAGUGCAUGUUUAAGUUUUUAGAAACGUUAACGUUGUAUUAUAAGUUCGACCAAGAGCGAUUCCGGGUAGAUUUAGGGAGUAGCUGGUCAGUUCCCGUCGAAUUAGUCAUCGGGCCGGAUUUGGGGAUAUCCUACACCAACGUACAAACAUCAAGCACCACCAGAAUUGCGAAUUUUGACCAAAUUCAAGCGAUUCAAACUCUAGUCAGUGAUUGCGAAGAGCAUAACAAAGCGACGUUGCAACUGCGAGUUGCCGGAGCACAAGAAAUUCUAUUUUUCACUUGUCCUAACUUAGAAACGGCCGAGAGCCUCGCCGAUUUGAUAGAUGGCUAUUGCAGACUGCACUCGGGAAGUCAGACUUCCAUUUGGAACAAGAAAGCCACUGUUUGGAAACAGUUUCCUUGUCCUUGUAAAGAUUCACACCCUUCAAAACAUAAAAAUCGAAAUUCUGGUAACACUGGAACUAUGCUUUCAGAAGAUUACGCCGAAAUUGUUGACGAAGAAGGCGAUUACUCAACACCUGCAACCAAAAGUUACGAACUGCAACGCGACCAAAUCCAGUUGGGUGAAAUUUUGGGUGAGGGCCAAUUCGGGGAUGUCCACAAAGGGACUUACAAGGCUAAAGACGGGAGUCUUAUUCCCGUGGCUGUGAAAACGUGCAAAAGGGAAGCCGAUCUAAACACCACUGAAAAAUUCCUAGAAGAAGCUUAUAUAAUGCAAAAAUUUGACCACCAACACAUAAUAAAAUUGAUCGGCGUUUGCUCCGAAAGCCCAGUUUGGAUCGUAAUGGAACUGGCAAAGUUGGGCGAACUGCGAGCUUACUUGCAGAACAACAAAGAUGACCUUGAUUUGGCCACACUGUUACUUUAUGCAUUCCAGCUGUCAACAGCUUUAAGUUAUUUAGAAUCUAAGAAAUUUGUACAUAGAGAUAUAGCAGCUAGAAAUGUUCUAGUUAGUUCACACACUUCCGUGAAAUUGGGCGAUUUCGGACUUUCACGGUCGAUGAAUGACGACCAGAGUUACUAUAAAGCGUCGAAAGGGAAGUUGCCCAUUAAAUGGAUGAGCCCGGAGAGCAUAAACUUUAGGCGUUUUACUAUAGCGAGCGAUGUUUGGAUGUUUGGUGUGUGUAUGUGGGAGAUUUUAAUGUACGGUAUUAAGCCAUUCCAAGGAGUCAAAAAUAACGAGGUUUUAACGAAAAUUGAGAAUGGGGAACGACUAGCUUUGCCGCCGAAUUGUCCCCCCAGGUUGUACUCUCUCAUGUCCCAAUGCUGGUCCUACGAGCCCAGCAAAAGGCCCAGCUUUAAGGAAAUCAAGGAGAUAUUAAAUGAAAUUUUACUCGAGGAACGAUCGGCGGUUCAAGAGACUCUCAGACGGGAGAAUCGUCGGGCCGCCGCCAUGUCGUGGGGCCCCAACGACGAUUUCCCCCCACCUCCUAAGCCCUCCCGGUACCCCAUGCAAGCCGUCGACUCUUCCUCCUUGGCCUCCCUUGACGCGACCGGCCCACAGACCUACAUAGUGGCCCAAAACCCGGAAGUCUUGGCCCACUUGAUGAAAGAGAACGAAACUCGCGGCUUAAGCCCAGCUGCUUACACCACUCCAGCUUCGGUAUUUAACACAGUAGCCGUAGAUUUCGAAAAGAAGGAAGAUGUUCCCGAACCUGUCCUAAAAACGUGUCCCAUACCCAUCCAGAAUUUGAAAAAACUCGAUCCUGAGGUUCCCGACACUGCGCCUGAACCCACCUACCUUAAAAAGUUGGGUACGCUCGAAAGAACCCCAUCGCGGUCCAGUACCGGGAGUACAACCCCUAAAAUGGGUUCGCUCGAACGGAAAAUAAGCGAUGGGGGUGAGAAUGUCUCCCCUAAUAUGAAUUCGCUUGAGCGCAACGCGCACUUGAUUCAUAGCUCGCACAGUAGUUUGGAAAAAUCGGGGAUGUUUAGCCCCAAGUUGGGCUCGCUUGAGCGCAAAUCUAAAACUAAUUCUCCCAAAAUGGGCUCUUUGGAGCGUACCAACAGCCACACGGCGGCCUUUUCGCCCAAAAUGGGCUCCCUGGAGCGGAAGCAGUCCCAGGGGGUGGCGCACGAUCCCGACUCUAUCCCCAGUUACCAUCCCGAGCCUGUGGUGUACCAAUUCCCUGAUAAAGCCAAAGAGAUGCAACAGUUUGAAGAAAGCAUUUAUGAUUUCGGGGGGGCUGACGUUAAAAGUUGCGCCCAUAAACAGCCGUUCUUCAUACAAAAGGCAGUUGAUAACAAGUUGCAAGAGCAAAAACAGGCCGGUUCGUCCCCACAACAGUCUCUCUACGGUGACCUUCUGUUGGAAAAAUCGCGAUUCGCGAACCAGUCCAACUUUAAUCAUAAAGUAUUAGAAGAGAGACUUCGGCAACAGCAGAAAGAAUCCGAGGAAGAUUCGCGAUGGUUGGCCGAAUCCGAGACUAAUCUUAAGAAACGCUUAAGUAUGGCGACACCUUCGACCGAGAGUGAGACACUUCACAGCAACUCUCAGUCGUUGAAUUCACUCCCGACUAGUCCAAAUUACACAAGUGCUGCAACUCAACAGUUAUCCAGUAGUUUAGCUAAUAUGUCGUUUAGUGGAAAUGGUAUACAGAGUAGCACAGGUUCACAGUGUAGUAGCAAAAGCCAUUCGCCUUCUGGGUCCAUCACCAUGACUAUCACUGCGAAAAGUGAGCGUAGUCAUACUCCAAACAGCGGUUCUGAAAAUGGGGAUGCGGGCAAACCAAAGACGGCUGCCCCUCCGCCCACGGCCGAUCUGGACCGCACCAACGACAAGGUGUACGACUGCACAACGCAAGUGGUCAAAGCCGUUAUGGCCCUCUCGCAAGGAGUGCAACAAUCUCACGCCGAUCAGUACCUCGACCUCGUGAGGCGAGUGGGCUUAGAGCUGCGAGGUCUGCUUGCAAGCGUCGACGAAAUCGUCAACUUUUUCCCGACGUCAGCGCAGCGCGAAGUUGAAAUGGCCCAUAAAGUGCUCUCUAAAGAUAUGACCGAGUUGGUGAAUGCCAUGAAACUGGCACAACAUUACAGCCAGACGACGUUAGAUAACGAAUAUAGAAAGGGGAUGCUGGGGGCCGCCCACGUCCUGGCCAUGGAUUCGAAGAAUCUGUUGGACGUUGUGGACGCGAUGCGAAUACGCUAUCCACAAUUCAGCAAGCACCUGGAACCGGAAACGAUCGAAGUUGAGGCUUCGGAAAAACAGGAAUCGCCGAAGACGGGCGAGGCGCCCACUACAUAUCCUAAUUUGCCGAGCUCUCCUGUAGCUGUAACGUGUACCGUGUUGCCGGUUUAUACUAAUUAUGUCCAGUCAGCAGCCACGUCUUCUAAUUUAAGUACAAACCAAGUUGACAGUUAGUUUGAUUAGGAAUAAGGUAGCUUGCCAGGUUUUCAUAAGCAUAAGGUUAGUCAUUGAUUGUGAUUGGUGUUCUUUUGUGUAAUUUCUGGAUUAUUUUGGGCUCAAAUUAGGUUAAUUGGGGCAUGUCCUUGUGGCUCAAAACGAGAUAUAUUUUUAUAAAAAUUCAUAUUCAAAAUAUGAUUUUUGGGUUUUCAGGUGUGAUAAGAGGAGAGUUGUUUAUGAAAAUCUCGCUUAGGUUUAUUAAACAUGAACAACAAUAGUGUGGCUCGUUUAUAUUCACGAUGCAUUUUAAAAGCCUUUAGAGGGCUUUCAUUGCACACAGUAUUACAUAAUCAUGCAUUACAAUUGAUGCUUUCAAAGUGCGUCGAAAUAUUCAAACAGUACCCCUCCCUCCAUUUAAAUUAAUUUGUAAAUUAGUAUUUUUUUUAAAGACUGCAUAGUUUAUCUAAUUUUAAUGUAAGCUUAAUAGUGGCAUUUUUAUCGAUUUAUAAACAAAGUUUUAUAAUUAUAUACUAGAUAUUAAAAUUCUUUAAAACAAUAUAAAAGAGAUGUCAUACUGUAUAUCAUUGGAACCGUAUGUGUAAAAAUGAAUUCCAGUUAAUGUGGAUAUGGUAAACAACUUUUGUUUAUUAUUUUGUUGUAUUAUUUGUAUAUUUGUAUUUGUUUUGUUUUUCAGCUUUUCAAUAAAGUUAUCAGAAUUUCAA